AUGAAGUAAAAUAAAGUAAAUAUAAAUGAUAUGGAUAAUUAAUUGUAGUAGUUUGCUACUUAGUCAUAGGCUAUCUUUGGUAAUAAUGUGGGUGGAAAUUAAUUUCAAAUUCUAACUAAAAUUUUAACUCAAUAUGAAUAUAUUAAAUAAAAAAUAUAAUGCAAACCAGAAUAUUUGUAAGAAUUUGUGAAAAAUUAUUAAGAUUUGUUUGGCUUAGUUAAUCAGUCUGUAGGAUUUAAUGCGAAAAUGUCAGAAGAUCUAAAGAAUUAGAAUAAUAAAAGGUUGUAAGCAGAAUUCAAUAAGCUAGAAAUGCUUAAAAAAGCCAUUUUACUUGGAUUCAAUAAAUAAAUCUUAAUAUUGAUGGAGGACUAAAAAUAAAGCGAUAUUGUAAAAAAAUAAGUAGAAUAUAUUACUUUAUAGAUAGCUGAUCAAAACAAAGAAUUUAAACAAGAAUAGGAAUAAAAAGAAUCAAUAACUUUGCAUUCCUUUAAAAAUGAUACUACCAUGAAGGAACAUAUUAAGAAUCAUAGUAAAAGCUCUCCUGUUAUAAUCAUAACUACAAGAUCCUAGCUUUUUAAUAACUCUGUAUUAGAGUAUUUAAAUGAUUAAAAUAAUGUGAAAUUUUUGAGAUUAGAAGGAGUCAUUUGCUUAUGCGAUCCUUAAAAGCUUUAAAAUACAAAAAGCUAACUAUAAUUAUGUUCAGUACCAUUUAGAUUCAUUGACAAUUAAGAUUAAAUAUGCUAAGAGCUAUACGAUUUGAUCAACAAAAAUCAGUUUUUAAGAAUAAUUUCUUUAGAAGAUUUUUCAUUUUACAUUACCAAGAAGCCUGUUUAAUAUUUUUCUGAUAAAAUUAACACGGAAUAUAAAAAUAACAAAACACUUUAUUCCUUGAAGCAACAAAAUUAUUUAGAUUUAUUUCAAAAAUUAGCAAACUAUAUUGAUAAUAACAAUAUACCUGUUUACAAAGAGAAUUACAAUAAGUAAGCUAUAAAGUUUAUGUGUAAACAUUUGUAAGAUAAUGUAUUUAACACCUAAAAUGAAGAAUAACUAGCUUCUAACUUUAUUUACUUCUACACGAUGGAAUCUCCAUUUUACAAGCUAGUAAACAGUUGUUUAAAUAUAUUAAAUGAAGGUCUAAUUUCAUGUUUAGAGCCUAUUAUAUUACCUCUUUAGCUUGCUUUGAAAAAGGCUAAAAGCCAAGAAUAGUCUAUCUUUAGCUUAACCAAGGAAUAGUAUGUCACUUUAUACAGAGGUACAACUAUACCAUAAGGACAGCUAGAUUUAAUAUCAAAAAAUAAAUAAUUAGUAUUUCCAUCGUUCUCAUCCUUUACUUCCUCUGAAAAAGUAGCAUUGAGCUUUAUGAAAACCACUAAAUCAGAUUAGGACUCUGUUAGAAUAAUAUUUAUUGUUAAAUUCUAAAAAGAUUAAAACCCUGAUUAAAAUCCAAAAUAUCUUAAGUACUUAAGUGCUAUUCCUUCUGAGGAAGAAUAUCUUAUUCCACCAUUCACUCUCUUUAAAGUUUCAGAGUCCAAAAAAGAUAAUGAUUUUUAUUAAGUCUUUUUAAAUAAUUGA